AUGCCCGAGCGGCAGUAUCACGCCAAUGGCCGCGCCGCCGUGGCCUCCCGCGAACGACCCUAUACACCAGGAACCCCCUCACGGAAAGACAAGAUACGAGAAAGCUCUGCCCUUCAAGAUCCAGGGCUCAAGGACUACGUGCGUAUAUCCAACUACCGAUCUCACCGGCGCUUGAUCCCGAUCCCUGGAAAGUCGGAUAUCAUGAUAAGCGAGAGUGAAUGCCUCGGAAAAGGUGCUUUCGGAUCUGUGUACAAGGCUUUCAACUGGGGAAAUGGCGAGGCGGUUGCUGUGAAGCAGAUCAAGCUCGCAGAUCUUCCCAAGAGCGAAUUGCGCAUGAUCGAGAGUGAAAUCGAUCUGCUCAAGAACCUUCAUCAUGACAACAUUGUCAAGUACAUUGGCUUUGUCAAGUCCGUUGACGCCCUCAACAUUAUCCUGGAAUACUGUGAGAAUGGUUCUCUGCACUCAAUAUGCAAGGCAUAUGGCAAGUUCCCCGAGAAUCUGGUUGGGGUCUACAUGACGCAGGUCCUGCAGGGACUACAAUACCUGCACGACCAGGGUGUAAUACAUAGAGAUAUCAAAGGCGCCAACAUUCUCACCACAAAGGAUGGCACCGUCAAACUUGCAGACUUCGGCGUCUCAACCAGCACCCUCGCUGGUGGUCAGGAUAAGGAGGCACAGGUUGUCGGCACACCAUAUUGGAUGGCCCCUGAGAUCAUUCAGCUUUCCGGAGCGAGUUCUGCGUCCGAUAUCUGGAGUGUUGGAUGCACUGUUAUCGAGCUUCUUCAAGGCAAGCCGCCAUAUCAUAACUUGGCUGCUAUGCCUGCUCUAUUCGCAAUUGUCAACGACGAUCACCCCCCAUUACCUGAAGGUAUUUCUGCUGCCGCCCGUGAUUUUCUCAUGCAAUGCUUCCAAAAAGACCCCAAUCUACGUGUGACUGCUCGAAAACUACUUCGUCAUGCCUGGAUCACAGGAUGUCGCCGAACGGAAGCACCUGUAUCAAAAACACCAGCCAAUUUCAGCGAUGCCGUGGAGGAAGUGAAGCAAUGGAAUAAAGCUCUAAAAUCCUCUGGACCAAGACUUCGACAAUCGACUGGCUCUGAUGCUGGGCCUUCGUCAAGAUUUCUCGGUGGAACUCCCGCCAAGGGAGGUCUAUCACUUGCAAAACUACGUCCUGGCGCAGGAGCUUUCAGUAAGCCUGAACUAGCUGAUGAUGACAACUGGGACGAUGAUUUUGCGACAGCUAUUUCACCAAGCGCACUACAACUGCCGCAUCUCAAGCCACAAGACAACUUCGGUGGUCUACUAUCGAGUGAUCGUCUCAAAGCCUUUGCCUCAGUGAAUGAUGGAAGAAAUGACAGUAAUUCGUACGAUGACGACUUUGAGGGCGAGUUGAUGACAAUAAAGGGGCCAGGUCACUGGCAAGACAUCGAUCCACAGGAGCAGACAAUCAGACCAUUACCGAAGAAGCCUACGAAAUCUUCGGAGCCUGUGAAAGCGCACAGUCGAAAUAAAUCAAGCUCAAGUAAGCUUCCACCAAGGCCAGAUAUCAUCUAUCGGGAACAGAGUAUGGAAGACUUCUCAGAUUUAUUCGUGGAUAACGAUAAUGUCUUCACUCACAAUGCGAAUCAAGCUGUUAGACGAAACUCACGACAGACUGAUGCACCACAACUCUUUCACCCGUCUGAUCUUACGUCUUUACCGAGGUCAAUGCAGGAAUCUAGCUCAGGUAGUAUGAAGAAGAAGCCUUUGUCUCGACCAUCAGUUCUCCCUGACAGGCCAAUGCGACGAACACGAUCAUCGAUAGAAAUCCAGAAGUUCGCAGAAGAUGACGACGAAGAUUUUAGCGACGUUUUCGGACCUGAAUCAUCAAUAGCGGAGAAGGAGGAGAGUGAGAAAGGAUCCGAGGAUGGAGGCUUGAUGCUCAUGUCUCGCGUAUCGAGCAAUUCCUGGUUAGGGGACGACGAAGACGAAGACGACCCCUUCGCAUCAAUGGACCCAGGAUGGGACGAGAUGGAUCUAGAGGCCAACAUUGCCAGAGAUCGACAUGCCAGGUUAGCCGAGAGAGUAGAGGACUUGGUAAGGUCUCUCAAAACGACUGAGGGUGAGGAUGCCCUGGCCGAGUUCUCGGAAGAUUUGCUUGCUUUGCUCUGGGAAAACAACGAGGUGAAGAAUCUUAUCAUCAGUGCUCACGGGUUGUUACCGAUUCUUGAAAUCUUGGAGCCUUGUACCGUCAAAAGUAGGCAGUACAUGAUCCUGCAGCUCCUCAAGGUCGUCAAUGCAAUCAUCCUGGACGAUGUGGAAAUCCAAGAAAACUUGUGUUUCGUUGGUGGCAUUCCCAUUAUUACCAAGUUUGCUGCGCGCCAAUACUCAGAUGAGAUUCGUCUUGAGGCGGCUGCUUUUGUCCGUCAGAUGUAUCAAACAUCGACAUUGACCCUCCAGAUGUUUGUAUCUGCAGGUGGUCUGAACGUACUGGUUGAGUUUCUUGAUGAGGACUACGACGUUACUCGGGACCUUGUUCUUAUUGGGGUCAACGGUAUCUGGAACGUAUUUGAGCUCCAAGGGCCAACCCCCAAGAACGACUUUUGCAGAAUCUUCUCACGAAGCAAGAUUUUAUAUCCAUUGGCACUUGUCUUGCACCGAGUCUUGGACGAAGAGGGUGAGGACGAGCUUGGUGAGCUCGUCGAAGGACGAAUCGUCAACAUUUUCUAUCUCUUCAGCCAAGCUGAGAACUACGUCAAGGAGGUCGUAGCAGAUCGGCAAGUACUGAAGAGUGUACUAAAAGAUCUACGGCGCAUGACGCCAAUACAUCAGAUCACAAUGCUCAAGUUCAUCAAGAACCUCUCGAUGCUUUCCACAACGAUUGAGUCGCUGCACUCAGCCGAUGCUAUCGAAUUCUUGAUUGAUCUUCUGAGCUAUAGCAUGAAGAAGGGCCAGACACAUUUCCGCGAAAUAUCUAAUCAGGUUCUCAACACGUUGUUUAACCUCUGUCGUCUGAGCAAGGAACGGCAAGAGGAUGCUGCUGUUGGUGGUAUUAUUCCUCUGCUCCUAAGGAUCAUGCAGACCGACCGUCCGCCGAAGGAAUUUGCGCUACCGAUACUCUGCGACAUGGCACACUCAGGAUCCAAGGGCCGCAGAUACUUGUGGCAGAACAAAGGUCUCAACUUUUACGUAUCAUUACUCACAGACCAGUACUGGCAGGUUACUGCGCUCGAUGCCAUCUUGGUCUGGCUACAGGAGGAAACAGCUAAUGUAGAGACUCACCUUGCUGAUGGCAAUUUCACACGAGCCAUCAUCAGCUGCUUCAGCACCAACAGGGUGAACGCCUUUGAUUCCAACUUAUUGGAACCGCUGCUCAAACUUCUGCGCCUUAGCCCGUCAGUCGCGGCCUCGCUGGCGAAGCCCGAGAUGUUUGCGGGCAUUGCGCAGCGUUUGACUCACAAGAAGGCGGUUGUGCGACUUAACCUCCUGAGACUGGUGAGGACUAUCAUGGAUGCCUGUGAGCCUGGCCUGGGCAGUGGCGAUGGAACGAGAUCCCUCAACAGCUCCCAAGUGCGCUCUCUCAUGGCUGCUAUUCAGACUCUAUCAGAGAAGGACUCGGCUGUCCUUGUACGAAACCUCGCUUCGGAGUUGGUGCGGUCCAACAUCGAGCCAAGUGGAAGAUCUAGCGAGGGGGCGUCCAGUGCUGUACCAAGUUCAUCGUCGUCAAGAAGGCCAGGAUCCCGACGAGGUGCAAGCUACACGCCCCCUGGCUUACAUUCGUCAGCGUCAGUUCCUCAAACUCCUACGCAUAGGAGCCGUGGUAGCCUUGCGAGUAAUACUUAUAUCGAAGUAGCAGCGAGUCCAAGGCGAACAGCUGCUGUCGAGCGAGAACGAGAGGGAGCGCUAUACAGGCCCCGGAGUAGGGAUGGGCCAACAGGUAUCCCCCGGCGUGUCAGCGGCGAAUUUGUAUCUGCAAAGAGUCGCCUCCCUCGCAAUUCGCUAGCUACAUCGAGUAGCUCCAGAGCAGCUAUUGGGAUCAGUGCCAACGGCAACAGUCCGGCCCUAAGCUCCCGCAGCGAUAUCACCAUGAACGCCCGAAGCGAUAGCAGCUUGAGCAAUAAGGAGAACGUAGGCCGCGCGCCGAGCAGUCGAGAUGGACUCAGAAGCAGAGAUGGGUUGAGUAGUAGAGACGGGCUCGGCAGUAAAGAUGGCAGCAUGGCAUCUCCAGGGUUGCCAGAGGUAGCAGAACGAGUGGGCGUAAGUAAGAGACGGAGUCGAAUGCCUGGAGAGCCCAAAUGGACAUGA